CUUUGUUGCAAGAUGACAUCACUCAGGCUGUGGCGUGUGCGAAGAGGGUUGUGAGGGAUCCACAAGGCAUCAGGGCAUGGGUGGCAUGGAGAAAUCGGUGUCAAAACCAAGAUCUCACUCAGUAUGUGCGCGGCUGUGGAGUUUAACUGCAAACAUCCCCUUCUUGAGCUCACAUCGCAUCUUUUUCAACUUGAAGGGAGUGAUGCUUAAGUGAAAGGUCACACCACCACUGUUUCCCUUCAAAUAAACAGAAUCUUUAUAGCAGCAAGAAGAAAAUAUAUCGUUUCUCCUCAGAGCUUUACUGUUUAUUACGUUUAUUAUUUGAUAUUAACCUACAUUUUUCAGUUUACUAAUAGAACUAAUGCUGGUGAAAAUUUAUCUCAAACUGUGAUUCUCAAAUAUAUCUGUAGUACUUUCAGUCCUUUAUAGAGAAAAACACAGACACUUAAUGUGAAUGAUACAAGUACUCCCUGACAAAGGGUUUUGUUAAAAAAAAAAAAAAAAAAAGCUAUCUUAGAACAAGAUGAACAUGUGUGAAAUUUCAGCUUUGUAAGCAUCUGAUGCCUUCACCUCUCCUGUCAUCUCCUAAAGCAGUGAAAAGAAACAGCUGUGCUGGGCCACAUCAGUCUUUCAGCGAGCAGAAUGCAGACUGAGUGAAUGAAGAAUUUUCAUAAAAUAUGAGACCUUUGGUUUGUAUGUGGAGAGUGCUGGGGCUCAAACACAAGGCCCUGCCCGUGCUGAAUAAGCCCUUUACCAGUUUGUCACAAAUUCAGCCCUAUGAAAACAAGCAAAUAAAGUAUGAUUUUGAGUUCA